UUCAUGAUUGAAAGCAGAAGUCCAUUUAUAUAAGAUUUUAAGCCCAAUAACUCAAUCAAAUGGGCUCAAAUUUCAGAUUCAGAAAUUUAUGGAUUUUGCUUACAAAAAAAAAGAAAAAAGAAAAUGAUCCUCCACCUGCAUAUUCCAUCUCCGCCUAAACCCCCAAUCGUUCAAUCCACCACCACCGCCACCGCCGGCCUCUGCAACCGCUCCAACGGCACAGAUUCCGGCCUCAAUUUCCGCCGGAAGCUUCUCUUCCUCCAAUCCCUCAACGUCAACCACAAAAAGGCCCUCGACCUAAACCCUAACCUCCGCUCCACCCCUCUCUCCGCUCUCCACUCCAUCACUCAAUGCCUCUCCUCCAUGGGCCUCGACUUCGCCGCCGUCGGCCGAAUUCUCGACAUGUACCCGGAGCUCCUCACCGCCGAUCCCUACGCCGACAUUUACCCGAUCUUCGAUUUCCUGCUCCACACCGUCGAAAUCCCCUUCCCCGAGAUCAGGAAAUCGAUCGCCCGGUGCCCUAGGAUCCUCGUCUCCGAUCCGGAAGCGCAAUUGAAGCCGGCAUUUGAGUUUCUAACCGAAUUAGGCUUCGUAGGCCCGAACAAAUUGACGUCGCAGACCACACUGCUCCUGGUCUCGAGCGUGGAGCGCACGCUGAUGCCGAAGAUCGAGUUCCUGAUCGGAUUGGGGAUGGAGUAUGCUGAUGUGAGGAAUAUGGUGCUGCGGUCGCCGGGGCUGUUGACGUUCAGCGUGGAGAGGAAUUACAAGCCGAAAUUGGAGUAUUUUCGCAAGGAGAUGAAUGGGGAUUUGGAGGAGAUUAAGAGGUUUCCGCAGUAUUUCUCCUUCAGCUUGGAGAAGAAGAUCAGACCGCGGCAUCGGCUAUUGAUGGAGCACGGCAUUGCAAUGUCACUGCCGGAGAUGUUGAAGGUUAGCGACGACGAAUUCAACGUUCAAUUGAUUGAGAAACGCCUGCGAUUGGCGGAGGAUUGGCGAUUGUAGCUUGUAUCCUCUUUAAAACACCACUUUGAUAGUGUGGCAAAUUGUUUUGACCACCUCCAAGGAGGCUCGUCUGGCCGACGAGCCUCCAUGCACUGCGGAGCCCUCGGCUCGAGGCGCG